CACAAUUUUCAUUUUACCAAAAUUAGUCACUGACUUUGGCCAUGCUAUUGAGAAUCAGAAUGAAGAUUAAAAACAGAGUAGCAUGUUAGCUUUUGGAGGUUGGCAAUUUCAAGCUUCUUUAUCUUACACUCUGUUUAGGAUGGAAUUUGAAGAAGCAGAAGAAGAAAAGUGGGAUAACGACCAAGCUUGAACCGGAAGAAGACAUGUUCAUUUUUUAUUACAAACUUGAACCGGAAGCACAACCGACAUUUCCAUCUUACAUUAGUUUGGAAGAGAGAGAAGUCGUGUAUUCGAAGCCCAAACCAGAGCCCGUGGAAGACAGAAGCGCGCCACGUGUUUUCAGGAGCCACUCAUAACAGAAAAUCAUUGAAAACUACCCCUGCACAUGAUUUUUUAUUUCAAAUAAUUUUAUUAAAAUGAGCCACUUAUAUUCAUGCGGUUCCCUCUUAUAAGAACGGUUAGUCGAUUACUCUACACACAGUCGCGUCUCUUGCGCUUCUUUUUUUCUUUCACUCUCAAACCCUUCUUCUUUUCUUCUUCUUCUACAUCGACACUGCUGUUUAUUUUCUAAUGUGACAGCGUAGUAUAGUAAAUAUAUAUCGUCAUGGGCUUGAACGAUAAGCAAAACAAUGCUGAUGGGAAAGACCCGGAUUUUGGAGCAAUCUUUAUGUCAAAUAGUGAGACUAAAAGAGAAUGCUUCGAAAUGGGAGUGUUUGGCCUCCCAUCAACUGAAAUCCAGUUUGUAGAGCAGGUUAAAGCUGGAAUGAUUCUAUUCUUAUAUGAAAAUGAGAAGAGACAACUUCAUGGUGUGUUCAACGCUUCCUGUGAUGGAGGUAUCAAUAUUGUGCCUAAUGCAUUUGCGAAACAGGGGAAGCAAUUUCCUGCUCAGGUUAAGUUUGAUACAAUUUGGUUCUGUAAGCCACUCCCAGAAAAAUUAUUCCGUGAUGCAAUCAGAGAAAAUUACUUUUCAGCUAAAAAGUUUAACUUUGGGCUAUCUGAAAAUCAGGUCUAUAAACUUAUAUAUUUGUUCAGCAAGAGAAAGCUGGAACCUGAGCUCCCUGGGAGACCAUUGUCCAGAACCGAAUACUUGAAAUCAGAAAGGUACCCUUUAGGCAAUUUAAGAAGAUCUGUUGAUCAUGGAAUGCAAAUUGAAAGAGGACAAAGUGGGCAAGGUUUGGGUGAUAACAUAUCACCUGUCAUAUUGCAUAAACACCAAGGCGAUUCUUUUAAUUACAAUGGUAAAGUUGAAUAUACUGGAUUAAAUGCAAGUGAUAUUAAGCGAGGAAGGGCUGCUCAGUUUGCUGCGGUGGAUAAUGCAAGUGAGUAUGUUUGUGACUAUUCAGGAUUAAAAGAUGAACGUAGGUUUAUUGCAUAUGAGAAUGAGGAUUAUAUGGAUACCUGUCACAGGCCAAAAACUAAUGGUGGAUACCCCAAAAGUCUAUGUGAUAAAAUUAGAAUUCAUGGUGAGGGAAGCUUAUCAAUUAAUGAUAGGCUCAUGGGUAAUUCCCUUCCAGAGACGGAUCAGAGGAUGGUAUUUUCAAAUGAUAUUCCUGGUCAACAUAAUUCCCAUAUCAACUCAUCUGGCUUUUACAGCAAUCCUAUUUUGGAGCAUAGUUCUUUGGCUCAAAAUCAGCUUAGGACAACUUCAACCAUGGUUCAACCAAUGCCGGUACAGCUCUUAAGUAAUACAUGUGCAACACAAGGAAGUGCUAAUUCUAAGAGGGAAUCCCUUCUAUAUGAUCCAGAUGUUCCUGGUUUAAAUUUUAGUCAGGCAUCAUCUUUUGGAGUUAUUGAUGGUUCUAAGCCAGUAAUAGAAAGGAUUACCCCUGUAAACAACUUCGGAAGGAAUUCCUUGAACAGUCAACCAUAUCUCAUCCAUAAUAACGAGCUGAGAGAUACGAGCAGGUGGCACCCUGUUGACUUUCAAAAUUCUAUUUUGUAUAGUAGUAACAGGGAUUUCAUACCUCUAAACACGGUUCAAAAUUCUGACCAGUUGGCAGCAGAAUCUGUUGUUUCUGAGGCUUGUGAUGAUGUUCCUUCCUUAAAGUCUUUGUCAUCCCCUAUCCCUCCAGAUAUUGGAAAGAGUAGCCGCAGUCUACAUGAGCCCUUUUCUUCCUUGUUCCAUAAUCACCAACCGUGGUUAGGCAACAAAUUAUAUUCCACAACUUUGCAAGAAAACCCAAGCCAUGAGAUAACACUACAGAAAAGCAACGAAAGAUUUGCUCAUGAUAUUUCAUGGGAAAAUGAGGGUCAUUUCAAAGAGGAUGAUCCAAUAAUCUAUGAAUAUGAUAUUGGAUGUUAUGGUGACACUCAAAAUAAUAAUUCUGGUUAUGCAAAGCAAAAAAUUAGUGUUUUUUCUCGAUUAUCUUUUAUGCAGGAUAUGAACGAACAAGAUGGACACAAUGAUUUCCAUACUUCAGUUGAUGAAGUGAUGAAAAGGGUUCGGCAGAGUCACAAAAAGUGGAUGACAAAAAGAAAGCUUGUCAAGCCCAAGCGCAACAAAGCUGAAAGUUUGAAGGAUUAUACUCAAAGAAGUAGCUUGAGGACGAAGGAGGGUGAUUUCUCUGAAAAUACCUUGAAUGAUCAAAUAAUGGAUUCAACUACUGCAACUGUGGGCAAUACUAACAAAACAGCCGAAGACACAUGUUUUGUGGAUUUCAAGCGGCGUAGCAAAGUCAGGAAACCUAGUGCUGGAAAUGAGAAUUCGGUGGUUGGGCAACAAAAGAGAAGAAAGUUGAUCCGCCCAAAUUUCUGCAAGAGUUUAACUUCUGAUGAUAAGGUCAUUGAUCUCGAUGCUUCUCAAAACUUACGACUUGGAAGUUGUAUUGUCGAGGAUGUUAAGGGAAGCUGCUGUGCUUUGAUUCAAACUGAGGUUAACACUAAGGCAGGUGUUGAAGUAAGAGACAUUAUUAGUGAAAUACAUUCUGAUGACAAGAAUAGUUGUCGUGCUAGGGGAUAUGGCAGCAGUGAUGGAGGAGAAAGAGCAUCCGAUAGUGCUCUUGCUGUAUUUAAUGAUAAGUCAGAAUGUCUGGAUAGCAUUAAAGCAGAUACUAAUAUUCAAAACAUUAAUGGUGGAACACAUACUGAAGAUAAGGAAACUAGUCAUGCCUGGGGAUAUGUCUGCGAUGAAGGAGGACAAAAAGCAAACGGUGGUGCUCUUACUGCAUUUAGUGAUGAAUCAAAAUGUCCGGAGAACGUAACCCACAAUAUUUUUUCUUCAGCUUCUUGCAGAGGCAAUAGAUGUCAUACCAAGAAAGGUUUAUGUACGAUGGAUAUUAUAAAAUCAAUUUCUCUGAACUCAGAAUCAUCGUUUUCAAUUUGUCAAGACCAUCAGGUGCAUAAGAUCGUAUCUGCUGGCAGAGGUACCAAUGCUGACAAAGAAAUCCCCAAAGAGUGCAGCUUAACUAUUGCAGUUAAAGAUGGUUCUGAAAAGGUUCUAAUUGAAACUUCUGCUCCUAUAAAUGAAAGUUUACAUGGGAUUGAUAGUUUAAAGCAAGUACAUGCAGGUACAGACUCAAUGUGUUCAACAUUUCAAGAGCACGAUACUGGUAAGAUCACUUCUUCUGGCGAAGGAAGUGAUUCUAGAGAACAAUUGUCGAAAGAUGGCAGCUCCUUCGAUGCAGGAGUUAAAGAUGGAUUGGACUGUUUACAGAACUCCAACAUUGGAAGUGGUGCAAUUGUUCCUUCUUUUUUCGAGGAAGUCUUAUCUAUGACUGGGAGUAAAAAGUCAGUAUGCUCAGAUUCAGAAUCACUGCCUUCUAUAUGUUUAGAAUGUCGUGUUGACAAGGGUAGAUGUGCUGGCAGGCCUAUUAAGACUGAGGAUUGUAGAUCCUCCGUUAUUGCUGAAGUUAAAGAUGGAUCGGACGGUUCACAGGACCGUGACUACUAUACUAUUAAACAAAAGAUGAUUUGAGCGUAUUGAAACCUCAUUUCUAAGGUGUGGCUCCUUGCAUCCGUGGUACUCAUGUUUACAAGGGGUAAAUCAAGUUGCUGAUCUUUUUUGCAUAUUAUGAUUUGAAUUCCCCGACAUUGAAGAGUUGGUUUUGUUAGCUGAGACAGCGUUGGGGAUUUCUUUUCCAUGGGUUUUUAGCUUUUCUUUUCAAUUUCCGUUCACCAAACAAAUGAUGGCUUUAGUGUCGUCGUUCACACGUCUUAUUCGUAAGUUCUGAAACAUCUAUAGGAUGUUCUGAGACUUACUAUAGACCUUAUUUUGGGAAGGCAGCAUUUAGAAAAAUUGAAGAGUUGCCUAAAAAGUCUUGUUGGUGUUUUGAUCAGAUGCUGAAAAAUGAAAAUCUGAUUUUAGAACAAGUUCAAAUGUUGAAAACGAUUCGAUUUUCACCUUGAAAUAGAUUAAAUUCAACUUCAAUCAAA